UGUCGUCAUACUUUGAUAUCUUCUUCACAAAUGACUGUAGUGCGUACAUCAUUAGGCUUGUUAAGCUGGAUAAAAUUUUUGUUUCAUUGUGCUGUGUGCGAGUUCGGUUUGACGGUCUUCUCGUGACCUUGAUUCCAACAGAGUGAUGGGAAUUAUGGAUUACAAGGACGUUGUGGAAUUCACCAUCAAUGGACAGAGUUACACUGUGUUGGGAGAUAUUCCUCCUGAUACAUCCUUGAACGUCUUCAUUCGAGAUUAUGCGAAAUUACGAGGAACAAAGGCCAUGUGCCACGAAGGAGGCUGUGGUGUUUGUGUCGUGUCAGUGGAAAUCAAAGGUGAAACAAUGUCCGUGAACUCUUGCUUGAUACCAGUCUUCAUCUGCAAUGGAUGGGCCAUCAAAACGAUUGAGGGUGUGGGUAGCAAGAAAGAUGGGUAUCAUACUCUGCAAGCAGCAUUGGCUGGGAAAAAUGGUACCCAAUGUGGUUUUUGUUCACCUGGAAUGGUAAUGAACAUGUACAGCUUAAUGCAAGGUAAAAAAUUGACGAUGAAGCAGAUAGAAAAUUCCUUUGGAAGUAAUAUAUGCCGUUGUACUGGUUAUCGGCCGAUUCUGGACACAUUCAAAUCAUUUGCCAGUGAUGCACCAAAACAUCUUAUUCAGGAGAUUGAAGAUAUCGAAGAAUUAUUCAAUGUAAAAAAGAUUUGUAAAAGGACUGGCUUGGCAUGUGAAAAUGAGUGCAAUGAUUGCCACACAGUCGUCCAAAAUAUAGAAGACAACAUUGAUAUGAAAUUGGAUGGUAGUCAUUUCUAUAAGGUUCUGUCAGUUGAUGACUUAUUUACAGUAUUUAAAAAUAAUCCCGAUAAAACUUAUGUUUUGCAUGGUGGUAACACCGCACAUGGUGUAUAUCGAUUGGAAACACCGGACAUGAUCAUCGAUAUUAACAAUAUACCUGAUUUGCGUGUUAUAAAUAAAACUAGCACGUCUUUAGUCGUUGGAGGAAAUGUUUCACUUACUAUGGCAAUGGAAACGUUUGAAAAGUAUUCGAAAGCCUCAGAUUUCGAGUAUCUGCAACACUUAGCCGAACAUAUUGAUUUAAUUGCCAGCGUUCCAGUGAGAAAUGCUGGAUCCAUAGCAGGAAAUUUAAUGAUCAAGCAUGCGCAUCGGGAAUUUCCAUCAGAUUUAUUUUUAAUAUUGGAAACUGCAGGAGCGCAACUGCACAUAGUGGAAACCGGUGGCAAAAAGACCAGCAUGACUGCAUUGGAAUUCUUGGAUUUUGACAUGAGACACAAAAUUAUAUACAGUGUAGUAUUACCGGCGCUUGGCAAGGAAUACGAGUACAGAUCUUACAAAAUAAUGCAACGAGCACAAAAUGCUCAUGCUCACGUGAAUGCAGGAUUCCUGUUCAAAUUGAAUGGAGCUGGGAAAGUUCUCGAGCAACCGAAUAUCAUAUUUGGCGGAAUAAACAAGAAUUUCCUGCAUGCAUUGGACACUGAAAAGUUCUUGAAUGGAAAAUCUAUCUUCGACAAGGAAGUAGUCAAAGAAGCUUUGAACAGAUUGGACAAUGAACUUCUUCCUGAUUAUGUGUUGCCUGAGUAUUCUCCAAAGUUCAGAAAGACGCUUGCGGAAGGGCUUCUGUUCAAGUGCAUUCUAAGUAUUAAGCCUGAGAAUGUGAAUUCAAAAGCACGCAGCGGUGCAUCUAUUUUGGAGCGUGGAUUAUCAUCAGGCAAACAGAACUUCGAAACCGAUAAGAAUCUAUGGCCUCUGAAUCAGCCUUUGCCAAAAUUGGAAUCCAUAUAUCAAACAUCCGGCGCGGCUCAAUAUGUGAAUGACAUUCCACCGUUCCCCGAUGAAGUUUUCUGUGCUUUCGUUCUUACCACAAUAGCCAAUGGAAAAGUGAAUAAAAUCGAUGCUUCCGAAGCGCUGAAAAUGAAAGGAGUAAUUGCUUUCUAUACCGCCGAAGACAUUCCUGGGAAAAAUGUAUUCAUACCAGCAAGCGCUCAAGAAAUGAUGAUGAUCUCUGAUGAAAUAUUGUUUGUAGACAAAAAUAUCGAAUACGCUGGGCAGCCGGUUGGUGUGAUCGCCGCGACAACUUACGCAAUUGCCAAUAAAGCAGCGCAAAAAGUAUACGUAUCGUACGUCGAUGUCGCACCUGAGAAACUAUUGUUAACAAUUGAGGAUGUGCUUAGGUCCAAAGACGAAUCCAGAAUACUUCAAAUGUUUAACUCUGAAGCGACAAACAAAGGUAGUGACGUGAAACACGUAAUAAAAGGAGAAUUUAGAUGCGGAAGUCAGUAUCAUUACACUAUGGAGACUCAAACUUGCGUCUGUGUGCCAAUAGAGGAUGGUAUGGACGUUUAUCCAGCAAGUCAGUGGGUCGAUCUGAUCCAAGUGGCCAUAGCUGAGUGUCUUGGGAUAAAGAACAACUGUAUUAACAUAAAUGUGAGGAGACUGGGAGGUGGUUACGGCGCGAAAAUAUCCCGUUCGUCGCAAGUGGCAUGCGCUUGUGCAUUAGUAUGCUACAAGUUAAAUCGACCGGCUAGAUUUAUUAUGUCAAUAGAAGCUAACAUGCAGGCUAUUGGAAAGCGUUUUGAUACUCGUCAGGAGUAUGAAGUCGGCGUAGAUAGCGAUGGUCGCAUUCAGUAUAUGAAUUCAAAGCAUUGGGGCAACAGCGGUUGCAGUUUUAAUGAAUUUCAUAGUCCUGUAUCGGGGGAAGCUUUCAAAAGUUGUUACGAUAACUCUACUUGGACUUAUCAAGGCUUCGACAUCAAAACUGACUUACCUUCCAACACUUGGUGUCGAGCUCCAGGCUCGAUCGAAGGUAUAGCAAUGAUAGAAAACAUAAUGGAGCACAUAGCAAAAAUUACUGGGAAAGAUCCGUUGGAAGUUAGGUAUGCGAACAUGCGUUCGGAACACAAGGAAGCAUUGAACCCUAUGAUAGAUCAACUGCUUGAAAACGCAGAUUACGAGAUGAGAAAGAUAGCUGUAGACUCUUUCAAUAAUGAGAAUCGAUGGAAAAAGAAAGGAAUAGCUUUGUUGCCUUUUAUGUAUCCCUUCGGUGUUUGGGGACAGUUUCACGCACUUGUUUCAAUUUACGCCCGAGAUGGCACAGUCUCAGUUACUCACGGAGGAAUUGAGUGCGGCCAAGGAAUUAAUACCAAGGUAGCUCAAAUAGCAGCACACACAUUGGGAAUAGACUUAUCGUUGGUUACUGUAAAACCAACCAAUAAUCUAACAUCUCCAAACAACUUUGUUACUGGCGGUAGUCUUACUAGCGAGAGUUGUUCAUACGCAACCAUGAUGGCUUGCAAAGAACUGGUAAAGAGACUUGAACCUAUUAAGAAAGAGUUGGGGAACCCUUCGUGGCAAGAAUUAGUAUUUAAAGCAUAUUCAAAAGAUGUUGAUUUAUGUGCCCGAUAUAUGUUUACUGCAAAAGAUGAUAUUAAAGCUUAUCCGAUUUAUGCAGCGGCUAUAGCGGAGGUUGAAAUUGAUUUGUUAACUGGGCAGCAUAUAAUACAUAGAGUAGAUAUAAUUGAAGAUGUUGGAAGAAGUAUGAAUCCAGAGAUAGACUUAGGACAAAUGGAAGGUGCCUUUGUGAUGGGUCUGGGUUACUGGACUUCCGAGGAUCUGAUUUAUGAUCCCAAAACUGGUCAAUUGACGAAUGAUAGAACUUGGAAUUAUAAACCACCAGGCGCGAAGGAUAUUCCUGUCGAUUUUCGGGUUUAUUUCCGGAGAAAUGCCCCCAAUCCACUAAGCGUUCUUCGCUCAAAAGCUGCCGGUGAACCACCGCAAUGUUUGAGUUACGUGAUACUUAUUGCGAUUUGUAAUGCGCUUAAUUCAGGAAGGAAAGACGCUGGGAACAAAGAUUUAUGGAACAGACUAGAUGGCCCUGCUACUACCGAGAAAAUAUUAUUGAACAGUUUAACCAGCAAAGAACAAAUGGUAUUUUGAAAUAAAAAUUUAUUUUUAAAUAAAAGACAAUAUUGUUAUUAAAUGCUUAUUAAAAACUCAGUUGUAUGUCAUCAUGUGCAAUUAUUUAUAAUAAAUAAAUGUCAUCAGUGAAACAAUGACAUUUUUGCCAAAUAUUGUAGUUUGUAUAAAUGAUAUAAAAUUGUUAUAUUUAUAUUAAUAAAUUAAUAAUAUAGUAAAAUUUAUAUUAAUAUUA